GAACAUUUAGUUAAGUAUUUUCAAUCUACAUUAUUUAAUAACAUCAAUCUAAUCUUUACAGACAAGAUAGCGCACAUGCGGUUCUUUUCAGCAUACACAAGAGGUCAGUAUUAAUCUGUUUUCCAACAAGACCUGAGAGGUGAAGUUAGGCGUGAAAGGCCAUUGAAGGGACAAAGUCAUAAAUAUUUAUAUGCCUAUAAACAGGCUGAUAAGAUUAAAGGAGUUCCACUUUCAGCAGGCUGCUUUUUACAAUUUCUUCUCACUUCAAUCAAUGACAAUUUGCCUCCCGCUGGUCAGUGUACAUUAAUGUGGCAAAAUAUGUGAAAAGGCACCAGUGUAAUAUGAGAAGAACUGACUGUGCUCCUUGGAGACACUGCCAAGAAAACUUUCAGAUGCUGAUAACAGUUUUCCUGGAAGUAGCUGUUACACGCCGUGACUCCUCCUCAAUGAUGACCAUGUGAUCAAGGUAAAUCUCAGCCCACCAUGAGAGGAAGGACAACUUGUAUAUUCUCACCUUUCAGGGAGCAGAGUGCAAGAUUAGUAGGCUAUCAAAGAGCGGCGGAGAGAAAUUUCAAAACUAAAGGGGUUGUGUGCUGAAAAUUCCAAUCGCGAAUAACAUAUAACAGAUUGCAAUGCUGGAAAUACAGAAUAGAGAACACACAGAGAUGGUGUCUGACCGGGAACAAUGCAAACAAAUAUCUCAUUCCAUUGAGGAGAUUCUUAAAAAGCCCUCUUGCACCAGAGAAAAGGAAAAAGUUCAUCGCAACUGGUCUGUCAUCAAGGAGAAAACCAGGAUAUCAAAACAGCUGGUAGACGAAGAAGGUCCAGAUAUCAAGCGACGUGAAGAGUCUCCAAAAUCCACUGCAGACUGCAUUAGUGGGAGAAAAAAAAGACAAAGCAGGGUCACUUUUACACCGUCCCAAGUGCAGGCAAUGGAGAAGGUCUUCCAGCAGACGCACUACCCAGAUGUUAACACCAGAGAGCAGCUGGCCUCAUGUCUGCUUCUCAGUGAGGGUCGCAUACAGGUUUGGUUUCAGAACCGUCGGGCCAGAUGGAGGAAGACUGAAACACAGAAAGAUAUUCAGCUACCGGACGGACAGCAUACGCACUCGCCCAAUAAUUGCCAGUUAUUUUAUGAGAAACCACGGCUGGAGGCAAUGUGUUGGCCGCCAUGUUGCUCGCAGGAGUCGUUGCAUUCAAGAUUGCUCCUCACAGUAAAUUCACCUCCCAGUAUGCUGACCAACAUACAUUUCACACAUCACAUGUAUUUUAACCCUAUGAUAGCGACCUCUAUUCUUGCAAAUGAUGACACGACUGGAUUGUGACAGUAACAUCACUUUUUUUAUUCAGGACUUUUUGGUUAGUAACAAAACUCAUUUACAACUUGAUGUGCUUGUAUGUACAAUAAAUGUCCUCUUUAAAGAAUAGACAAUGUUGCCUAAAGUUGUGUGUGUCUAUUACACAUCACACAUCAAGGCUACAACAUUAUUUUAUUUUGCACUGAAUUAUUGUGUAGAAGAUAUGUUAUUUUUAUAACACGACAUUCCUUUGUCUGAGAUAAGAUUCUGUGCCGCCUGUGAGUGUUCAUCUGUUUGACUUUCUAACUGCUGGCCUUUAUCUUAAUUUGUACUUGUAAACUGAGGUUGCUCACAGGUCAGAUGGGUGAGUUGGAAAAAUGUGAAUGUGCAACUGUGCAACCCAAUAAAAUCUAUGGCAACAAAAAAAAUGCACGAAUACCAUUCAUCAUGUUAAAAGUUUGUAUGUAUUCCUCUUGAUGGCUUUGAAUGUAAAACAAUACACAAUACAUUUUGCAUGAUUACAACAUUGAGGUUGUUACUUUACAAAGUUCUACUGUACACAGUUUAAUGU